UAAUGACAGAAGUUUCAUUUUUGGGUGAACUAUCCCUUUAAGCUAAUGUGGAUCUGAUGCAACUCGAGUUUUAAGAUGGUAAAUAAUAGAUUUGUAAAUUUUUUUCUAUUUUUAAGAGAUUACAUUUUUAUUUUUGAAAUACAUUUUUUCUAUUUGUACAUGCAGGCAGUGUAUAGGACUACAUACUGUAGGGAUUUUAAAGCAAAGCUUUUAGAGCCAGCAGUAAAAAAGGUUAGAAACAAAACCCCCCCCAAAAAUGAAAAUUGUCAUCAUUUACUUACCCUCACAUUGUUCUAAACUUUCACAAAUGUCUUUGUUCUGCUAAACACAAAUAAAAAUAUAAAAAAGAUCUGUGGCACCAUUCGCUUCCAUAGUAUUAUUUUCUCCUGCUACAGUAAGUCAAUGGUGCCCCAGAUCUGCUUGGUUACAAACACUGCUUUGGAACAACUUCUGGGUGAGUAAAUGAUGAACUAUUGUGAACUAUUAUUUAAAAAAAUAUUAAUAAUAACAGAGAGACCUGUCAGGGCUAAAACACUAAGAAAGUAGUGAAAUGCAUUUAAUUUACAUUGUUUAAAAAUCAAAUAUACAUAGUUUAAACAUAAACAUACUUUUUGUACCUAUUACUGUUGGAUAGUAUUUUUUUGUAUUUUAUGGUUUAAGGUGGAUAGGGUCUUUUUUAAUCUUACCUGAUCUCAGAUCAGUGUUGUGUGUCCGGUUAGAGGAGGGGAUCUGUUUAAUCUCAUAAUAGCUUGUAGGUAAUUGAAGUCUUGCUGGCCUUCUUUUUUCUCUCCUCACAGUAUCAUUACUGUGCUGCUUUUUGAGAGAGAGAGAGAUCGUCUGCUUAUCCUUCUUGGUCUUGGCAGAUCAGAGGAUGAAAGAUGUAACCUACAAGUAAAAAAAUGAGAAAUUAAAUAAAAUUGGAAUCAUCAUAAUAAAAUUUACUACUUAAUGUGAAAGGUAGUAUAUAAGCCGUAUAAUUUUGUUAUUUGCACAAGCAAACAAGAACAGACUUGCUGUACAUUUUAUUAUAUAUGUAAAAUGUUACAUAGAGCAAAUGUUUUUGUAAAUACUUGAUUAUAAAAGAUUAACGUUGAUGGAAAAUAAAAAUGUGAUUCAUAAAAACGCAGUCUAUCUGUUUUAUUCCACACUCUGUGAUUAAAGGCAUUUACAGUAGACAUCUCCAUCUUGUGUAGCACAAGGCUUUUAAAUGGCCCUCUUCAUAAUUGCUCCAUCAUUAAUUCUAAGUGAAAGGUAGCAAUAAACCGUGAGUGCCACUGGUCGAUUUGUCCUGAUAAAGGACUUACGGAGAAAGAGAAGGGAUGGGGGCUGAAAGGGUCUGGAAAACAUCUGUGAUAUUCCACUACAACGCAUGCAGGCUAAUUCUGUCAUUUUAUGCUCGUGUGUGUGUGUGUACAUCAUAACCAAAGCAUAGUUUUGCCCACAGCAGUUUUUGUAUCACUAUGAUCUCUAUGCUAAUGGCAGUAGUUAAUCGUCUGCCAAUAGCGUGACACCUUUUCAAUGUCAUUUCUGUCUAUACUGUUGUGUUUUCUCAGUCCAUUUGCAGCUGGGGGAAACAAAAGCGGUAUUGGCAGUAGUAACAGGCUAAUAUUGGCUACAGAGGGCAGCUGACCGCCUGCCUUCUGUAUAUUUAGCUCAGGGCCAAUACAUGGGAGAAGUGUAACAGAUAUUGGCUGGCAUUCACAUCUCCUAAAGGCGUGGAGCUAUAGUGAGCAAGAAGAAGAGAAGAGAGAGAGAAGGGUAGAGGGUGGCUUCCUCAGAUCGCUCCUCUGCGCUGGUGGUGAAAGACCGGAGCUUGCAGCAUGAUUCUGCUCACGCUUGGAUUAUAUUUUCCACUUCUCUGCUAUGUGUCUUCACUUUCUUUCGUUGAUAGCAUUUUUCCUCUACCAACAGAUCUCCAGUUGCUGGAAACCAGAAAGAAAUUCAACCCCUGCUGUUUACUGACUCCUCCGCCCCCCCUCUUCCCUCCACCCCCCUCGCUGUGGCGGAGGUCUCUGACCGAGAAUGAAGUUACAUCAAAUGAAGGGAUCUCAGAGGAGAAGCACAACCCUGAAACCAAUGUGUGUUCCCCGGGGCCUCCAGGACCCGCAGGACCUCCAGGCCCUCAGGGUCUUCCUGGACUGCUGGGACCACAAGGACCAAAGGGAGAUAAGGGCGAAAUUGGAAGACCUGGACAAAAGGGACGCACUGGCCCUCCUGGUCUUCCGGGGCGACAGGGACCAAGCGGGUUGCAAGGACCAACUGGACCCAAAGGAGAGAAAGGUGACUCUGGACUCAUGGGUAUGCCAGGGGCAAGAGGACCAAUUGGACCCAAGGGCUUACCUGGAUAUAAGGGAGAAAAAGGCUCACAAGGUUUCAGAGGGGAAAUUGGCUUAAAGGGAGACAGGGGAUCAAUGGGUCUUCCUGGAAUGCUUGGCCAAAAGGGUGAAAUGGGCCCAAAAGGCGAACCUGGAAGCUCAGGGAAUAGAGGACCCACUGGCCGUCCAGGAAAAAGAGGAAAGCAGGGCUCAAAAGGGGACACUGGUGCACUUGGGCCUAUAGGACCUGCUGGCCCUCAGGGUCCCCCUGGUCACCCUGGCCCUCCUGGAUUGCCAGCCACAGGACUGUACAUGGUAGGACGAAAAGGGGAGAAGGGACAACCUGGCAGCCCGGGUCGCUGCGGGUGCAACGCCCCGUCCAGUGCCAACAACCCCUCUGACCAGCACUUGUCGUGGGGCAGCUAUCCCAGAGUGCCUGCGAUAUUUGUGGUGAACAGCGAACAAGAACUGAACCGUCUCCAGACUGACAACGCUCUGGCGUUCCGAAAAGACCAGAGGUCACUUUACUUCAAAGAUAGUAAUGGCUGGAUGCCAAUUCAGUUAACACCUUUUCAGUCGACGGAGCGAGAUCCUGACCAGGAAGGUUUCUGUGGUGAUGGCAUUGUGCAGGUUGAGAAUGGAGAGGAGUGUGAUGAUGGAAACAAGGUGGUCACAGACGGCUGUGUCAAGUGUAAACUUGCAUAUUGUGGUGAUGGAUAUCGCUAUGAAGACGCGGAGGAGUGUGAUGGGAAGGAUUUCGGCUUUCACACAUGCAGAUCCUUUUUACCUGGGUCUUACGGACGUCUCAAGUGCACAUCCGACUGCUUAAUUGACUCCACAAACUGCAAGUAUUUUACAUGAGGACACAAGAAAACCUCAAACCGAUGUCUCGUGUUAUCUGACAAGUCACGAGAUCCACGACUCCGAACAACACAGAUUGAGCAGAUAAACUGAGAGUAGAUAUCAUUGAAGGAUUUUCACAAACACAUUAGCUGAACUUCUUCGUUGUCAUGCUGUUAAGAAGCCACGUAGCUCACUCGGGAAAGGAACCCUCGGCAAAGCCGUGGUCCUCACGCGGGACCUCUCGCUCGCGGUCUUAAGAACUGUAGCAGGACUUCAGACACUAUUCUGGCUCGACGUUUGGCCAUCGCGAUUGGCCACACAGAGGAAACCGGAGAGCCGAAGGUGUCUCGGAGAUAAAGAUCUCAAUACCUCGACGUAGUACUGUUUUAAAAAAAAAGAUUUUUUUCACUAUGGGUGCUCUGUAUAUGGAAUGCAAUACUGUAGUAUUUUGCAUGAGGCUGUGAUUGCUAUAAACAUUUCGGCAGAGAUCAUUACAAAGCCAUAUACACGAUCAAGACAGGUUGCUUAAGGUUAAUAGACCCUUUAGUGAGGCAUUGUCUAGAUGACGUCAACACUUAGCCUAACAUUUCCAUCCAUAUCUCAGGAAAUCACUUAAUCGAGACCCCUUCAUCUCCAAGUAUGGAGCAGGGUACGCAUAUUCCACUUCUUUCACUUUAGUCUAGUAGUUCAAUACUCUCGUCUUGAUGCACGCUUCAAGAACAAGCCUUGAAGUCAAGGGAACCCAGUUUAUUUAUUAUAUAGGUCUACAUUAGGGGAGGGUAUAUAAUCAUAUGUGAAGGCUCUCAAGCUGUUAUUGAAAGUUUUGUACUGUCUGCUGUUGCAGGUGUAUUAUUAUGCUGCUAUUCAGGCUUAAGACUGUUGGAUUAAGACUGGACUGUUAAUGUUGUCAUUGGUGUCAAAAAAAAGUAAAAGAUUUAUCAAAGUCCAGUCUGAAUAUACCUCAACAUAUACAGCGUGCUGCUUUAGCUUUUUGUCAUUACAGGACCUGAGGUGCAGAAUUCAGCAUACAGCACUUACUUACCUGUUAUAUUCAGUAGCUAUAGCUUAAGUAUUCAAAGAAAGUACACUUUUUUGACUGUAAGCCAGUUUUCCAUAAGCUAUAUGAUAUGCAUUUGGUACAGAAACCUCUUUGCUUAUUUUCUUGAGGAUGAAAAUCCUGACUUAUCUUGUAAAAUAAUAUAUAUAUGGGAAUGGAAAUAAGUGUAUUGAAAUUAAUCUGCAUGUUUGUAUUAUUGUAUACUCUUGUUAAAAAGAGCAGAAUUGCCAUGUUGAUGCCGUACAGCAGGUGACGUACGACUGUAGCGUAAAGUGCAUUUAGCUUGUAACCGACUGUUAUCCUCACACUUGUACAAACCGAGGACAUAAUAUGCUAGCAUCAAAUACUGCACAACAGACGAAUAGAAAAAAGACUUGUUUGUCCUAUUGUAUUAAACCAUGUUUGAUACCGUCCUGUAACACUGAUCAAAUAAAGCUGAUCAAAUAUCA